UUUAAACACGUCUAGUUUUCUAUCCUGAUCAUUCCAUCAUUUGGUAUUCACGGUUUAGCAAAGAUGACACUAAAUAUUCAGUUUCCAUACUUCUUGAUGAUAAUGUCUUUUUCCUUGUUUCUGCUGGAUAUAUCGGCUGUACAAAGCCAAGAUACAGUUUUCGAUGACGAAGAAGUCAAAGGAAAGGCGAUGGUUAAUCACGUGAUCAAGGUGCUUCUCACAAACACCGACACAUCAUGUCGUAUCAAGUGCCAUCUGAUCAAAAAGUGUGUGUCUUACAACCUUGGUCCUUCAACAACACCAGGAAUGAUGGUCUGUCAACUGAACGAUGCUGAUCGUUACCAACAUCCACAGGAUUACCAGGACAAACCUGGAUUCUCGUACAGAGGAAUCAAGAAUGCUUGUGUAAGAAGCCAAUGUGUGGCAAAUGCUAAGAGGGAGUUCACUAAAAUUCAAGAACAGUGCGUCUGUUUCAGCGGAUUUGGUGGAAAAAACUGCAAAGAAGUCCCUCUAGACAAAGAAUGGAUAAAACUGAAUGAUGAAGCUCCCGUUUGUGCUGGUGGAAAAGAUAACGCCUUUGGUACAGUGAAGAUUCCUUAUGAUUGCGAGAAAAAGCAGUUGAAAGUCGUCCAUGUCUCGAACGAAGUGUCCUUGAAGAAUGCCACUAAUAGAGCAGAAAACUUUGGAGAUAAAAGGAUUCCAGAGGCCGCACUCUUUAUUAUUAUUAGCGAUACCAAUAACAACGUAAUACUCCCUUCUUAUUCUAAUUCUUCUUGUCAAAGUAGCUACUUUAAAGCAGAUAAUAUAACGGUUACGAGCCCUGAAUUGAUAUAUUCAGAGCCGUUUGCGUCACCAAAAGGGAAUGAAAUCCGGAUCUGGUUCGGCAGAGUUCUACACGGUACUGAUGAUGAAAUCUAUAAAAGUACAAGUUGUGUUGAUGCGUACAUUCGCAAUUUCUGACUAUUCUGAAUAUUCAACGAGAAAAGGCAUUAAAACGUCUUGCAUACGCAUAUGAGAUGCCGUGUAAAAUAAAGCCCCGUUUACACUGGCGAUUUUUGCUGCAUUUUUUGUGGCAAUUUUCGGAAAUAUGAAAUCUUUAGUCUCAUCCUUCAAAAGAGACAUUCGUCUAGGAAA